UAAAGGCCGACUGCGUAGCUCCAGUCGGUUUUUCGCCGUCUGAUGGCCAACAUGUUUCACCUAAACCAAGCAGCUCUGCUCUCCAUUCAACUAGCAGUUACGUCUCAUAUCCUUGCAGGUAUCAAUCAAGUUAAUCACUGGAGUAAAGUGGUGUCGAGGGGAGACUCUGUCAUGCUCACUUGCAACACGUCCGUGACAAAUGCAUCACAAAUCAACUGGACCAAAGGCAGAUUUCGUUUUGCUUAUUCAGCUGUACAGAAUAAGACAAGUUCCAAUUUUUCCUCUCACAAAGUGAGAAUAGACUUUGGCUUAUCUUCUGAACUGAAUAUUUUUAAUGUUCAGAAUGAUGAUGCAGGACUCUAUAAAUGUGAUGUAAUUGACAGAAAAGGCACAAAGUGUACCGAGUGGAAUUUAACCGUGGCUGAGAAACCUGAAGAAAUCACCCAAUCGUUCCAGUCGUGGUAUUUUCUAUACACUCUCACGCCUGUAAUUGGAUUGCUUCUGUGUGGCAUCACUCCAGCUUUAUGCCUCUGCAGAAAACUCAGGACCAGAAGACCAAAUCAGGAACCACUCCAGGACCAGUUUCAUCUUCAGUCAGGAGGAGAGGUGGUCCUCCCUCAACCGCAAGCUGGCACAGACAGUAGAACAAAUAACAACCAGAGGAGUCAGUACAAGGAGAGGCUCAAUUCAAUCUAUGGUCUCUACUGAGCUGAUAGGCCAUUCAAAUGAAACUUAAACAAGAGACACUGAAGUUUUUUUUCAGUUUCAAACCAGGUGCUUCCAGCGAGGAAAACUGGCCCACUGUUGUCUUUAGCAUAUCUAUCAUUCAUGCAAUAAAACCUGGGCCUUCACUUUAAGGAAUAUUGUUUUAUCUAAUCUUUUAUAUUCUUGGUACUGUGUAUUUUAAUAUGUUUUUAUGUAUAUGAU